AUGUGCGAAGGUGUCCAAACUGACAAUGCUUGGGAGAUGAAGAUAGUGUGUAGCUGCUUCUGGGCUCAAGGAGGAGGAGAAGAAUCCACAAGCCGACAAGAUGAGAUCCAAGGCGAGGGCGAGAAAACUGCCCAAAAUUUCUGUUUCAUUCUGGCUUUGUGCAAAAUAUCUGGAGACUGUGACAGUGAGAUUGUAAAUAGUAUGUAUGAGACAGACCCGGAUCUCCUGGCUGGUGAGAGUGCAGAGGAGGAAACAGAGGACAGUAUUAUGUCCCCUAUCCCCGUCGGACCUCCAUCACCUUUUCCUACCAGUGAGGACUUCACCCCCAAGGAAGGCUCACCUUACGAAGCUCCCGUCUACAUUCCUGAUGACAUUCCAAUCCCGCCAGACUUUGAACUCAGAGAAUCCUCGAUUCCAGGGGCAGGGCUGGGGAUUUGGGCCAAAAAGAAGAUUGAAGUUGGGGAAAGAUUUGGACCUUACAUGACAAUACCAAGGACCACAUUAAAGGAAACAAACUUUGGAUGGGAGCAAGUACUGACUGAUCCUGCGGUGGCAUCCCAAGAGGGCUGUAUAAAAAAGAUCGCUGAUGACCUGGGAAAUGAGAAAUUCUGUGCUGAUGCUAAUCAGACUGGAGCUGGAAAUUGGCUGAAAUACAUCCGAGUGGCCUGUUCCUGUGAUGAACAAAAUCUAGCUGUAUGUCCCGUUAAUGACCAGAUCUAUUAUAAAGUUAUUAAAGAAAUUGAGCCAGGAGAAGAACUGCUGGUGUAUAUGAAGGAAGGUGCCUAUUCUCUUGGGAACAUGCCACCUAGUCUGGAAGAAGAGCACACGUUUCGUUGUGAGGACUGCGAUGAACUCUUCCAGUCAAAGCUGGAUCUGCGGCGACACAAGAAAUAUGCCUGCAACUCUGUCAACUCGCUGUAUGAGACGCUGAACGAGGAGAUCAAACAGGAAGGGUUAGGCGACGGGCAGGUCUAUGAGUGCAAAGACUGUGAGAGAAUGUUCCCCAAUAAAUACAGCUUGGAGCAGCACAUGAUCAUCCACACUGAGGAGAGGGAGUACAAGUGUGACCAAUGUCCAAAGGCUUUCAACUGGAAAUCAAACCUGAUUCGUCACCAGAUGUCACAUGACAGUGGCAAACGAUUUGAAUGUGAAAACUGUGUGAAGGUGUUUACUGACCCCAGCAACCUCCAGCGGCACAUCCGUUCCCAGCACGUUGGCGCACGAGCCCAUGCCUGCCCGGACUGCGGCAAAACCUUUGCCACCUCGUCUGGCCUCAAACAACACAAGCACAUUCACAGUACUGUCAAACCUUUCAUAUAUGCUUUAGGUGAGGUCUGCCACAAAUCCUACACGCAGUUCUCCAACCUCUGCCGCCACAAGCGGAUGCACGCGGACUGUCGCACCCAGAUCAAAUGCAAGGACUGCGGCCAGAUGUUCAGCACUACCUCCUCUCUCAACAAGCACCGGCGCUUCUGCGAGGGCAAGAACCAUUACAACCCAGGGGGGAUUUUUGCCCCCGGCCUACCUUUAACGCCCACCUCCAUGAUGGACAAAUCCAAACCCUCACCCAACCUCAACCAUGCCAGCCUGGGUUUCAAUGAUUACUUCCCAUCCCGACCUCACCCCGGGGGUAUUCCAUUCUCGCCUGCUCCCCCAGCAUUUCCUGCCCUUUCUCCAGGAUUCCCAGGGAUUUUUCCUCCCUCUCUAUACCCCAGGCCCCCUUUGUUGCCUCCCACCCCGCUGCUCAAGAGUCCCCUCAACCACACCCAAGACGCAAAGCUUCCAAGCCCCCUGGGGAACCCGGCACUGCCUCUGAUUUCCGCAGUGAGCAACAGCAACCAGCCCAUCUCAGGGGAGGAGAAAUUCAAAAGCAGCCUGGAAAACUCCUACCUGGACAAGCUAAAAGCCAGGAACAGCGACAUGUCUGAUGGGAGCGACUUCGAGGAUGUCAACACGACCACAGGCACAGACCUCGAUACCACCACUGGCACUGGCUCUGACCUGGAGAGCGACGCGGAGAGUGACAGGGACAAAAUGAAAGACAAAAGCAAACAGACUGAGAACAAGCCAGAUUUUGUCAGCAGUUCUGUGUCCACCAGUUCCACCAACAAUGUGAACGAGCUCCCCCUUUUCUAUUCUCAGCACUCCUUCUUCCCUCCCCCAGAAGAGCAGCUGCUACCCACAACGGGGGCAGCCAAUGACUCUAUAAAAGCUAUUGCCUCUAUUGCAGAGAAAUAUUUCGGCCCUGGCUUUAUGGGAAUGCAGGAGAAGAAGAUAGGUUCCCUCCCAUAUCACUCCAUGUUCCCAUUUCAGUUCCUCCCCAAUUUUCCCCAUUCACUGUAUCCUUUUACGGACCGGACCCUCAAUCACAACUUGCUGGUCAAGGCAGAACCAAAGUCACCCAGGGACCUUCACAAAGUGGGGAGCACCAGCUCAGAGUCUCCCUUUGAUCUCACCAUAAAACCAAAAGAGAUUAAGCCAAUCUUGCCACCACCCAAGGUCUUGCCAGCCCCAUCUUCUGGGGAGGAACAGCCACUGGAUCUAAGCAUCGGCAACCGCAUCCGAGCCAGCCAGAACGGAGGGAGGGAGCCCCGAAAAAACCACAUCUAUGGGGAAAGGAAACUAAUGGCCAGUGAAGUACUACCCAAGAUUUCUCAGUCUCAGCUCCAUCAGCAGCCAUCCCUGCAUUAUGCUAAGCCAUCACCCUUUUUCAUGGACCCCAUAUACAGCAGGGUGGAGAAGCGGAAGGUGACAGACCCAGUGGGUGCCCUAAAGGAGAAGUACUUGCGACCUUCCCCGCUGCUUUUUCACCCGCAGAUGUCAGCCAUAGAAACUAUGACGGAGAAACUGGAGAGUUUUGCGGCCAUGAAAGCAGACACCAGCACAUCCCUGCAGGCCCUCCCACAUCACUCCUUCAACUUCCGGUCCCCGCCCCCUACGCUGUCAGACCCCAUCCUGCGCAAGGGCAAGGAGCGCUAUACCUGCAGGUACUGCGGUAAGAUCUUCCCCCGGUCAGCGAAUCUGACAAGGCAUCUUCGGACACACACAGGAGAACAACCCUACAGGUGUAAAUACUGUGACAGGUCAUUCAGCAUUUCCUCUAACCUCCAGCGGCACGUUCGAAACAUCCAUAACAAGGAGAAGCCAUUCAAAUGUCACCUGUGUAACCGAUGCUUUGGGCAGCAGACCAACUUGGACCGACACCUUAAGAAGCAUGAACAUGAGAAUGUGCCAGUGAGCCAGCACUCUGGAGUCAUUACUAACCACCUUGGGACCAGUGCCUCCUCCCCAAACUCGGAGCCAGACAACCAUGCACUUUUAGACGAGAAAGAGGACUCGUAUUUCUCUGAAAUCAGAAAUUUUAUUGCAAAUAGCGAGAUGAAUCAAGCAUCAACUUUAACAGAUAAAAGGCCAGAAAUCCAAGACAUUGAUAGCAACUCCCAGUGUCACGGGUUAGCAAAUGAGAAAACAGAAGAUGUGGAUGAGGAGGAGGAAGAAUUGGAGGAGGAAGAUGACGACAGCCUGACAGGGAAGUCACAGGAUGAAACAGUAUCACCCACGACGGAGCCCCGAGGAACGUUUGAGGAUGAGGAGGAGGAAGAGCCCACAUCCCUCACCAUGAGCUUUGACCAUACCCGAAGGUGUAUUGAGGAGGAAGAAGCCGGCUUGUUAGAUUUGGAGCAGAUGCCGAAUUUUGGGAAGGGGCUGGAUCUUCGCAAAGCAGCCGAGGAAGCAUUUGAAGUUAAAGAUGUGUUUAAUUCCACCUUAGACUCUGAGACAAUAAAACAGACUCUGUACAGGCAGGCUAAAAACCAGGCUUAUGCAAUGAUGCUGUCCCUUUCUGAGAACGCUCCCCUUCACACUUCUUCCCAGAAUUCUCUGGAUGCUUGGUUGAACAUGGCAGGAGCAGCCUCAGAGUCGGGGACCUUUAAUCCCAUCAACCAUCUCUGA